CUCAGCACACUCUGUCACUGAUGACUGGGUGGAGUGGACACCACCAGUAAGCCUCACACCAGCCAAAGAGCAGGGCGGGGGUCCUUGUUUAGACCACCUGGUGACCGUAUUAACUGCAGAGAGGAGUGACAAAGGACUCAGCCAUGGUCAUCCUUUCAAAGGGAGAUUAUGUCUGGAUCGAUUCGGGCAGCGGCGUGCCCAUUGGAGCUCAGGUCCAACUUUCUGGAAAGGGGGACCUUCAGCUGCUUGAUGAUGAGGGAAAGGAGCACAAGAUCACGAAAAAGCUGGAAAGCUCUCUGAAGACCAUGCAUCCCACCUCCAUCGAUGGGGUAGAUGACAUGAUCCGACUAGGUGACCUGAACGAGGCAGGGCUCCUUCGGAACCUUCUGGUGCGACACAGAGAAGGCCACAUCUAUACAUACACUGGCUCUAUUCUUGUGGCAGUGAACCCGUACCAGGUGUUGCCCCUCUACACGCCAGAACAGGUGCACUCGUACACGGACCGCCGGCUGGGCGAGCUGCCGCCACACGUGUUUGCCGUGGCCGACAGCUGCUUCUUCAACAUGCACCGCAGCCACAAGGACCAGUGCUGUGUCAUAAGUGGGGAGUCGGGUGCUGGAAAGACAGAGAGCACCAAGCUGAUGCUGCAGUUCCUGGCUGCUGUUAGUGGCCAGCGCUCCUGGAUAGAGCAGCAGAUUCUGGAGGCCAACCCCAUACUAGAAGCCUUUGGUAAUGCAAAGACUGUCCGUAAUGAUAACUCCAGUCGGUUUGGAAAAUACAUCAACAUCAGCUUUACUAAGGCAGGAGCCAUUGAGAGUGCACGUAUUGAACAGUACCUGCUGGAGAAGUCCAGAGUCUGUCGACAGGCUCCGGAGGAGAGGAAUUACCACAUCUUCUACUGCAUGCUGCUGGGAAUGUCUGCUGAACAGAAGAAGAUCCUGUCUCUUGGAAGCGCAGCAGAAUACAACUACCUGACCAUGGGUAAAUGCACUUCCUGUGACGGGCGGGAUGACAUAAAAGAGUAUGCCCACUUCCGCUCAGCCAUGAAGGUCCUCACCUUCACAGAGAAUGACUCCUGGGAGAUCUCCAAGCUACUGGCUGCCAUCCUGCACCUGGGCAACGUGAACUUUGAAGAAACCAUCCUAAAUAACAUGGAGGGCUGUGACAUUCGCUCAUCUGUUCAUUUCAACAUGGUUGCCAAGCUGCUGGAGGUUGAUACUAAAGCCCUGGAUGUGGGGCUGACCCAGAGGUCCUUCAUGACCAACAGGGAGAGUGUCUCCAAGCCCCUGACCUCAGAACAGGCCCGGGCUGGCCGAGACGCCUUUUUGAAGGCGAUCUAUGGGAAGAUGUUCGUGUGGAUUGUGCAGAAGAUUAACAGUGUCGUUUUCAAGCCCCCUCCAGAAGAUUCAAAAUCUCUGUCCAUUGGCCUCUUGGACAUUUUUGGUUUUGAAAACUUUACGCAGAACAGCUUUGAGCAGCUGUGCAUCAACUUUGCCAAUGAACAGCUGCAGCAGUUCUUUGUGAAGCACGUCUUCAAGCUUGAGCAGGAUGAGUACGCCCGCGAAAACAUAAUCUGGACACACAUUCAAUACAACGACAACCAACGCACACUGGACGUCCUGGCCAACAAGUCCCUCAAUGUCCUUGCACUGAUCGAUGAAGAAAGUCAUUUCCCAAAGGGCACAGACAUCACUCUGCUGAAUAAGUUAAACCAAACGCAUGGGAAGUCCCAGAUCUACCUUCCUCCAAAGAACAACCAUGACACAAAGUUUGGGAUCCAACAUUUUGCUGGGGUUGUGUACUACGAUUCAAAAGGCUUUCUGGAGAAGAACAGGGAUGCUCUGAGCUCCAACCUCAUUCAGCUGGUGGAGACGUCCAGCAACAAGCUCCUCAAACAGAUCUUCCACAACGAAACCUCCAGCACCAACAAUGUGAAAAGCUCCGCCAACCCUAAAAUGAUUAUCACUCCCGGCAAUUCCUUAAGGCAAACGGCAGACAGUAAGAAGCGAGUACCAACCCUGAGUGGUCAGUUUCGCCAGUCUCUGGAAGCCCUGAUGAAGGCACUGAUGGCUUGCCAGCCCUACUUUAUCCGCUGCAUCAAACCUAACGACUUCAAGAAGCCCAUGCUGUUUGACAGGGAUCUGUGUAUGAGACAGCUGCGCUACUCAGGCAUGCUGGAGACCAUUCGCAUCCGUAAGGCCGGCUUCCCCAUACGCCACACUUUCCAGGAAUUCCUCAACCGGUACCGCGUGCUGCUCAACAGUGCUGUCUGUGACCCCAAAACUGAAAGUGUCAAAGCAUGCAGUGAAUGGAUCUGUCAGAAUGUCUUGACUGGUAUGGAUGAAUGGAAGGUUGGAAAGACCAAGAUCUUUCUUAAGGACUUCCAUGACACUGAUCUGGAGCUUGCGAGAGACCAAGCCCUGCACUACAAAGCCCUUGUCAUUCAGAGAGUCCUGAGGGGCUUCAAGUACAGAAAGCACUUCCUGCUGCAGAGGCGUGCUGCUCUGGUACUACAGAAGAACUGGCGUGGGUACAAAGUCCGAAAGCAGUUCAGAGUGGUGCGUCUGGGCUUCUCGCGGCUGCAGGCAAAGGUGCGUGGCCGGCAGAUGCAGGUCAAGUACGAGCGGAAGCGUGCCGCCGGUCUGGUGCUCCAGAAGCACAUCCGUGGACUUGCCACCCGCCGGGAGUUUAAGCGUAAGCGGGCAGCCAUCAUUGUCCUACAGGCACACACCCGGGGCAUGCUGGCCCGCAAAGCUGUCAAGAAGAGGAAGAGGGAUGCCUUCCUGUCGGCACAAGAGAGAAGGAACGAGGAUCUGGCUGCUAAGGAGCGACAGAGGCGAUUGGAGGACAUUCUGCGACACAAGCGCGAGCAAGAGGCGGCCACCCAAUUCGAAUCCAGGAAUGAUCAGGAAAUGGUGGAUGACAUCUUUGGCUUCCUGCCCAGUAUGGUGGGAGGGCAAGAGGGCCAGGCCCCUGCAGGAUUUGAGGACAUUGAGGGACAGCGCACAGCGCUGGAGGUGUUUGACCUGGACGAGGCUCCCAUGGCGGUGGACAUCCCUGAUGAGGACUACGAUAACCUGGAUGAGUACUCCUUCUCCAAGUUCGCCUCCAUGGAAUUCCAGGGCGCUUCCAGUUCCACACACAUCCGCCAGAGGCUGCGCCAGCCACUGCUUUACCAUGAAGAUGAGGGAGACGUGCUGGCUGCUAAGACACUGUGGUGGCUAAUUCUGAGGUUCAUGGGGGAUCUCCCAGAGCCCAAGCCUCAGCAAGUCCAGAGAAGAGGGCCCCUGGAUGCCGAACGUUCACUGCAGACAGAUGUAGCCGAAAGACAGAACAGACGCCUUAGUCACAUGAUCGGCAUGAACCAGAGAAUGGUAAAUGCUAGGCUGCGAAAGGUAUCAACAGCUCCCGACGAGGCCCAACGCAACAGGAAGGGUUCCACGUUCACCAACCUGCUCUCUCGCGGCCGGAAGACAUCAUCAAUGCCUGAGGAGGUCAUCCUCAACCGUAAGGAUUCCUCGAUUCCAGAGGAGACCCCUAAGGGCAGAAAGUCGUCCACCUUCACAGAUCUUCUUAGCAAGAACAGAAAGGUCUCCACCAUCCCUGUUGAUGGGGGCGCAAACAGGAAGACCUCCACCGCACCAAAUCCCAUGAAUCGCCGAAAGCCUUCCACCAUCUCAGAGGAGGCUGAGGAUGAAUCAGGAGACACCAUCUCCAAGCCACCCACUAUGCAGACGCUGAGCGAAGAGGACGUGGUGGUCGGUGAGGGUCCCACCCUGGAUCAACCUCUGUCAUCCUUGGAAAAGCUCCACAUCAUCGUGGGUUACGGCAUCGUCAGACGCGAUCUCAGGGAUGAAAUCUACUGUCAGAUCUGCAAACAGCUGCAGGAGAAUGGGAACCGUAGCAGCUUCUUCCGGGGCUGGAUCUUGCUGUCCCUGUGUCUGGGCAUCUUCCCCCCGACUGAGCGCUUCAUCAAGUUUCUUCAAAGCUUUAUCCGCUCUGGGCCUGUGGGAUAUGCCCCCUACUGUGCAGAGAGGCUCAGAAGGACCGUGGCCAACGGCGUUCGAGGAGAGCCACCAAGCUGCCUGGAGCUUCAGGCUACCAAAACCAAGAAGCCCAUGGGCAUUUCAGUCUCCCUCAUGGAUGGCAGCACCAUCAGCCUGCCCAUAGACUCUGCCUCCACAUCCCAGGAGAUCUGCAAGGUGCUCUCCCAGAAAAUCAAACUUCACGACAUCUUUGGCUUCUCUCUCUAUAUGGCACUUUACGAUAAGGUGUGGUCACUGGGCAACGGGCGUGAACAUGUGAUGGACGCCAUCUCCCAGUGCGAGCAGGAAGUGAAGCGGAAGGGCGGGCAAGAGCAGCACGCCCCCUGGCGCCUCUACUUCCGCAAGGAGAUCUUCACCCCCUGGCACGACUGCACCGAGGACGCCAUCAGCACAGACCUCAUCUACAGACAAAUCAUCCGUGGCCUCAAGUAUGGAGAGUACCGCUGUGAUAAGGAGGAUGAUUUAAUCCAGCUGGCUGCGAAGCAUUUCUAUGUGCAGCACGGAACAGAUACCAGCAUGGAAAAUGCCCAGGGCGUGGUGCAGGAGUGCAUCAAGUCCUCCCUGCUGGAAGCCAAGACAGAGGAGAAGUGGGUCCAGAUGGUCAGCGCAGCACAUAUUGAGGGGCCAUAUAUCAGCUCAAAGAAGAGGGCACCCAUUGUGAAAGCAGAGGUGGUGGACUAUGCGAAGCAGAAGUGGCCGUUGUUCUUCUCCCGAUUCUUUGAGGUGGUCAGGCUCUCAGGACCAACUCUUCCCAAAAGCAAAUUCAUCAUAGCCAUAAACUGGACAGGCAUAACCUUCCUGGAUGAAAGGGAGAAGAAGUUACUGCAGCUAACAUACCCAGACGUCACUGGGGUCUCCACCAUGAGGGAAGCAAAGGCCUUUGGUCAGUCUCUGGGUCUCCGGACCUUGAAAGGCGAUUUUGUGCUGAAUGCGAUCAGUGCUGCAGACAUAGCAGAUGUGGUCACCAUGUUCCUAGAUGGCCUUAGAAAACGCUCAGAGUAUGCAGUCACCCUGCAGGAGGUCAGCAAACAAGAGGAUACCACGUUCCUCAGCUUCAAGAAGGGUGAGCUUAUCCUCCUCAUGAAAGAUGAUGAGUACUCACCAGACCGGGGAUGGUUCAAGGGGAAGAACGAAAGGACGGGCCAGACUGGCGCCGUGCCAGCAGAUGCCAUCCUGGUUCUGCCCACGCUUACCAAGCCCACUAAUGAAGUCAUAAGCUUGAUGGCCCUGUCCCCUGAUCAGAGGAAGAAUGUUGUUGAUGCCACCCUAAGGGGUACCGCCACAGAGAGAUUAGCCCCUGUGACUCUCAAAGAGUACUCAUUCCAGUACUUCAGGCAACCGACUAAGGAUGUGAACAAGCAGGUGAUGUCUAAGGGCUCUGCCCCUGAAAGGCUAUGGGCCAACUCCAGGGCGCCCAUCAGGCAGCCUCUGCUCAAGAAACUGAUGGGCAACCCAGAGCUCAGCCACUCUGCCUGCCAGGCAUUCACUGCUAUCCUGAAGUACAUGGGCGACUACCCCACCAGACAGGAGCAGAGCCCUCUGGAGCUCACUGACAUCGUCUUUGGAGCCGCGACUCGGCACGAGGACCUGCGAGAUGAGAUCUACUGCCAGAUCAUGAAACAGAUGACUAGCAACAACAACAGGCACAGCGUAGAGCAGGGUUGGCAGCUCCUGUGGCUGUGCUGUGGGCUGUUCCCCCCCAGUAACAUUCUGUUCAAACACGCCCAGCGCUUCUUGGAGUCCCGCCGCAUUGAACCAAUGGCCCCCGAAUGCUUGCAGAGACUGCAGGCCUCACUAAGGGCAGAGCCCAGGAAGCUCCCUCCACACCAGGUGGAGUUGGACGCAAUCCAGCAGAACAGCGCUAAAAUCUUCCACAAGAUCCACUUUCCCAACGACACAUCAGAGAUCUUUGAGGUGGGCCCCCACACAAGGAUCAGGGAACUGACCCUGAGCAUUGCUACCAAACUGGAGCUGAUGUCUGCAGAAGGCUUCAGCAUUUUCGUGAAAACCCCUGACAAGGUUCUCAGCUUGAAUGACACCGACUACUUCUUUGACAGCCUGAGAAAUAUCACAGAUUAUUCCAAGAAGAUGAAGAGGGCCAGAGAAGGAGGACCAUUGAAUGUGCAGUAUAUGGUGUUCUUCAUGAGGAAGCUGUGGUUCAACGUCAUCCCCGGGAGAGACCUGGAGGCUGACCUCAUCUUCCACCACGCUCAGGAACUCCCCAAGUACCUGAGGGGCUACCACCAUUGCUCCAAGGAGGAAAUGGUGCUCCUGGCUGGCCUGCUGUUUAGGCUGAAGGUUGGUGAUGACAAGAGCCAGUUUGUCACGAUCCCCAAGAUUCUGAAGGAGUUGGUGCCCAAUGACAUGCUCAAAGUCAUGUCUGCUGAUGAAUGGAAGAAGAACAUUGUUGCAUCUUACAACAAGCAAGCUGCCAUGACUGCUGAUGACGCUGCAGUGGCAUUCCUGAAGGUGAUCUUCAAAUGGACCACAUUUGGCUGUGCUUUCUUUGAAGUUAAGCAAACAUCAGAACCCAACUACCCAGAUAUUGUGAGGCUGGCCAUCGGCAAACAGGGUGUCACCAUCAUGCACCCUAAAACUAAGGAAAUUCUGGCUACACACCCUUACAACAAAAUUGCCAACUGGUGUAGCGGAAGCACAUACUUCCACAUGACGGUGGGCAGCCUGGUGGGAGGUCACAAGCUGCUCUGUGAGACAUCUUUGGGCUAUAAAAUAGAUGACCUCAUCACAUCAUACGUGAACAUGUAUCUGAGCGAGACCAAAGCAGCGUCACGGCCACGGAACCAGCGCUUUCGCUAAGGCCAACUGGGACUGAUAUGUGCCUCAGAAUGUUCUAACAGAUGAAAAUGCGCACGCACACACACGCAUACACAUACACUAUCAUACAGACUGUUUCGAUUAUCAGGUUAUCACACUGAGUAUCAAGUGCAUAUGCAUUGAGUAUCAAAUACUUAAAUAAGGUGCCAAAAUAAAUUUACAAAUCACAGUACAUUUCAAAAUGUCCUCAAUGAAAGAAAUUCAGAGUUGCUGUCACUGAUGGUAUCUUUUGCAAGAUUUCACUAAGCUACCAUGACUUAUUUAUAACCCAAGUGCCACUGUUGUGAUCAUUAACUUUACCUUAGCAUAAUCAUUACAUUUGCUUUACUUGUUUUCUCUGCCUGCCAAACUGUGUUCCUUUCUGUCUAUGUUUUGAAUUGUCAAAUUCAUGUGAGGGCUUAGGAUUCUUCUCAGGCAGUGGGGUUACACUCUUAAUGCAUUGAAUGUUUUCAGUCGUAACAUCAAGGAAAAGAAAUCUUAGUUUUUCCUGUAUCGUUCCAGGUGACUAAGGUAUGACAAUCCAAUAAAUGAUUUCUCACAUUAAA